AUGGCGUCCGCACUCGCCCUUCACCUCGCAUGCGCUCCGCUCGCUUCUCUCGCCAUCGCUUGCACCCCGUCCAGCACUCCGCCGCAAUUCGCGACCGCGCGUCACGCCACCAUAGUCGCGACUCGUCCUGCGUCCGCUCGUGAUCUGCCUCGUCGAAGAUACCGCGUCGGCCUCGCUCGCGCCGCCAACGACGGCGCGCCAGCGGUCACGAGCGUGUCAGUGGGCGAGGCGCGUGAGCUGGUGGCGGCAGGCCACACGUACCUGGACGUGCGAACGCCAGAGGAGUUCCGGGCAGCACAUGUGGAGGGAGCAGUGAACAUCCCCUUCAUGCUCAAGUCGCCCUCAGGCAUGGUGAAGAACGAUGCCUUUGUCGCUGACGUCAAGUCACAAUUCGAUGAGGACACUCCACUCGUCGUGGCCUGUCAGGGAGGGGUGCGAUCCAUCCGGGCUGCUGCAGAGCUGCAGAAUGCGGGCUUCUCGGGCAUCACGGACAUGCUCGGGGGCUUUGCAGCCUGGCAGCAGAAGGGCUUCCCCUCUGUCUUCUGA